CCAUUUGUUCUUCAAAUUUGACUCAAUCCUAUGUGAUUUCUUUACUGUAUGUGCCCAGAAGCCCCAGACUCAACUUUUCCUCUGCAUUUCCUACGCAAGAGCGACAUCCUUGCUCAGAUCUCAAGCUGCUUGCACAGGCUUUCCGUUCAUCCACUGGUCAGGAAGCUUCUGAUAUGGCUGCAGAGCAGGGACAGAUUCUUGUAAUUGCCACUGCUGCUGUUGGUGGAUUCACUCUCCUGGUCAUCCUCACUUUGUUCUUCCUAAUAACCGGGAGAUGCCAGUGGUACAUAAAGGCCAAAAUGAAAUCUGAAGAGAAAAGAAGAGCUCAUUUGCAAAAUGGAGAUGUACGUUUCCCAGGAAUCAAAACAUACAUUGAUCCAGACACGUAUGAAGACCCAUCUCUUGCUGUCCAUGAGUUUGCAAAGGAGAUAGAUCCUUCGAGAAUUCGUAUUGAGAGAGUUAUUGGGGCAGGUGAGUUUGGAGAAGUAUGCAGUGGACGUCUGAAGACACCAGGAAAAAGAGAGAUACCUGUUGCAAUUAAAACAUUAAAAGGCGGCUAUGUGGACAGGCAGAGAAGAGAUUUCCUGAGAGAGGCUAGUAUCAUGGGACAAUUUGAUCACCCAAAUAUAAUUCGUCUUGAAGGAGUUGUUACAAAAAGAUCCUUUCCGACCAUUGGGGUGAAGUCUCUUUCGAGAUUCCUGAGGGCGGGAUUUUUAAAUAGCAUCCUGGCCUCACAUCCAGUGUCAGGGGGUGGAUCUUUACCCCCCAGCAUUUCCUCUGGCAGACCAGUAAUGAUUGUAGUUGAAUACAUGGAGAAUGGAUCCCUUGACUCCUUUCUGCGG